AUGUUGGAAGCUGGCUUACUCGUUCGGACUGCCUUUUUCAUGGCGGCUGUCUUCUGUGUCAUUAUUCUCGGUUUAUCAGCAUUCAUCACCACACAAUAUGGUCCUAACACAUCCGCUGCCGCUAUUUUUCUCCUUCUCAACUCGGUGUGGUCUCUGCUCGCUCUGGUCUACCUUUCCAUCGUCCCGAUAUACGGGCCACGGCUCUUCAACGAAUUUGUCUGUCUUGGACUAAACGCGGUCACCACAAUCUUCUGGUUCGCUGGGGCCAUCGGGAUUGCGGGCACGGUAGGCGCCCAAUGGCGCGCAGAACAGGCCUCGACGGCGUUUUCCUUCUUCCUCUGGGCCAUCUUCACUGGUCUGCUUGUUGUUAAAGUCAAGUCAGUCGUUCGCUCGCGACGACAACCACAGUCGCCCCUUAAGCCCUGA